AUGGAAAAGUUUUUCACGAAAAAAGUACAAAAUGUCUUUGCAAUUUUGAAGAGAACCAAACAGGAGGAGGGAGCCACCGCGCAUGAAGAAACGAAAAAGAUUAAAUCUGAUGAGGUGGGAACAGAUGACAAAAACAAAAACGCCUCUUCCAAACUGGAUACAGAAAAGGACCCAAGAAAGGAACCAAAGAGAAAACUCAACAAUGACGCAUCCUCCGAUACUAACAAAAAGGAAAGCACGUCCACAGAAACAAGAGAUAAUAAUCAUAGUGUAAUUAAAAAACCAAAGUUAAUGAAAUUGCACAACAAGGACAAUGUCUACCUCAUUGACGAUUUUAUCAAUAUAAAAAAAAACAAUGAGGGUAAUUGUUCCAGUGGGAAAGACGUGAAAAAGAAGGAAGAUGAAGUUUCACCCAAGGCUACUUCUGCUACCAUUGCAAGUAGGGCUACGUUGAAUACCCCUAGCAUUUGUAGUUUAUUGUCAACGAAGAAGAAAGAAAGUGACAGCAAAGCCAAUGCGCAGGAGACACGCCUUAUUAAGAGCAACACAAAAAGUGCAGGUGGACUCGAACAGACGCUACACAACCCUACGCCAGACCAGACCAAAACGGACAAUAACCCUAAAGAGGGAAAAAAUACCAAUUUAGUCCCCAAGACAAACACAUGCACAAAGGACAAGGAACAGCAGCAGGAGGAAGAAGAAGAAGAAGAAGAAAAAAAAAAAAAAAAAGACGACAGGAAAACAACCGAAAAGAAAAAGAACAGCCAGAAAGAAGAACAAAAUGAUCAAGCCUUUUUAAAAAGCAUGACCGAUAAAAAAAAUGAAACGAAAAAACAAAAAAACAAUAGUGCCAUAUUUAACACAAAUAAUUCUAACCAAAGCGAGAAUUCACCUUUUGCUAAAGAUUCUGGAGGGGAGAAAAGGGUUAACAGAAUUGAUGAAAUGUUUAAAAGCCUCAUUGAGGAAAGUAAGAAGAAAGACAAACAGUUAGGCACCCCCGACGCUAGUGGCAAUACACCCUGCCAGGUAAACCAUAUUAACAAUUCCCAUGAAGGAAGUGCCAUAGAAGAAGAAAAAAAGGAAAAAAACUUGGACGAUGAGCCAGAGUCUACGAAAGAGGUCGAUGAAUAUAACCCUAAUGAUAACGCCCCUAUAAGCAAUGCCGAAGGUAAAAUUGUAACCCAAGAAACGUUACAUAAAGAUGGAGAACCAGGUGAGGAAGGUAAACAGGGAAAUUCCCCCACCAAUGAGGCGAAACUGCAAAAGGAUGAGCCUCCCCAAUGCAAUGGCAGUCCUGAUAGUUUGUGGUCGGCCAAAACGAACAGUCCAACCCCCAGCCGAAGUAGCAGCGUGGGAAGCGGCCCUGCAGGAAGCUCUCAUAGCUGCUCGUUCAACCGCUCGUUUAGCCCCAGCAAGAAGGACACCAAGUCAAUGGGGGAGAGCCAACCCGAGGAGCAGGCACCCCUCUGCGGGACUGACAAGAGCACCACCGAAUCUGAGUGUGCAACUCCAAGCGAACUCCCUUGCGACAUAAGCCAAACGGAGGAGGCAGAACAUUUAAAGAUAAAGUUUCCCCAGUUUGCAAUGAACCAAAGCAAAAACCUAAUAAACGAAACAAAUGAAUUUUUCAACAUGUACGAUUUGAACCUUAAAGUCGAAUACCUACCGAUGGGUAUCUCCAAUGAUUUAAAAUUAUUGGUGGAAAGAAAAAGAAAAAUUGGUUGCAUAAUUAAUGAUUAUAAAAAUGAGUUGAGACAGAGGAACAAUCAUUCCAGCAGGGAAGAAAAAAACGAAAAGGGGACGCAUCCACAGGGAGGUCAAUUGCAAAACACGGUGGAAGGAUCAUCGGUGGGUAAACUCAGUUCAGAAAAACAGGAAAAUGAGGCCACCACAGGGAAGUACCCACCACACGAUGAUGAUAAUAAUAAUAAUGGUGUCGCGCGUGAUGAGUCUAAUAAUGUGAAUCAACCCACUGGGACUUCCAAGACGGAGGAAGUGAAGCCCGUACCACCAACAAUGGAAAAUAAACCCCCCGUUAAGAACUGCGAAACGGUGAAUGAUCAACACGAUGUUGAGUUUGUGCAAGAAGAUAAGAAUCGUUCUUCCGCCAAAGAAACGGCAAAUCAUGUGCAGGACGGAAUUAAUGAGGAGGAAGUGAAAAAAGGUAACAACCAUAUGCAGGGAAGGAAAAAAAGACAAGGACAGGAGAAGAAACUCGAAAAGGGGGUCACCUCCUACGACAACUUGAACUACCUGAGUGAUGACGAUAAGGAGUUCGUAGAGAGGGAGCACAGAAAUUUCUUGACCCUUUUGGAGAAGGUGAAUCUGGGGGACUGCGCCGGAGGAGGGGCCAUACAGAUAUGUAAAGAGCAGCAGCCGGGAGACACAAAUCACUUGGGUGAAGGAAGCCAUUUGUAUGAAGAAAGCCACUUAGGUGACAGAAGCCAGUUGGGUGAAGGAACCCCCGUGGAGGCUGCGCCACAAGUGGGAGAAGCCCAAGAAGCAAAAGUAACCAAGGAAGAAUUCAUCAAAAGCCUCAUGCAAGACCUAACCCAGGAUUGCAGCGAAGAAAUGGACUACGAGCAACACAAGGAAAUAAAAGACGAAGAAACGAAAUUUGAAAAAAUGAAGGAAACAAUAAAACUAAUAAAAAUAAAAGAAAAAAAAAUCGAUGUGCUUCUUAGCAGUAGUGAAAACCUUUUUAAGUACACCAACAUGUACAGGCGUCGACAAAUUUUACAUGAAAAAAUGUUAAUGAAUUGGAGUUAUGUACAAAAUUCAGUAAAUAAAAAAAACGACGUAAGAAAUAGGAACCUCCCAUUUCAACUACUAGAACUGGAUAAAGAUUUAACGAAAAAUGUACCGAAAGCUUAUGAUGAUAUUUUGUUAGACCACUUUUCAGGAAUCAUAAUUACGUUAAAUACGACCUCCUCCGAAACAACUGUAGAUGGAAAUGCAAUUCAUGUUAAGAAAAUCGUUUGCGGUUGUCUAAUUGAGUAUUUAGGUAGGUCUGAGAUUAACAUAAAAUGCAUAUGGGUUCAUCCAUUUUUGAAUGCAAAAUCGACUUAUUACAUUUUAAGCGCAUUUUUGCCCAGAGUCAUUUUAGAGGCAUUCCUAAAUUAUAAGGCACCCUCACAGAAGGAAAAUUUUCCCAACCAUGUAAUGGAUUCUUCCCGUCUUAAGGAAGAGAACACGGCAUAUGGGACUCUCCAGGAAAUGACCCAAUCGAAAAAGAAGAAAAGCUUUUACGAUAGACUACACCAACUUAAUGAAAGUAACCCAUAUAAGGACAAAACUAUGAAGAAGGAAAAAACAGAAAAAUGGAUGGAUAAUAAUAGCACAAAUGAGGAAGAUUCCUUUUUUAACAAUUUCGUCAUGCAACAGUACCCUGCAAUGUACUUUCUAAAUUUCAGUAAAGACUGUGCUGAGCUUUUAAAAAACUUCGAUAGACAAACUGUUGACGGGGAGAAGAAGAAUGAAGAAGGGAACAGAUACUACAGUUACCCAACCUGGGCGGAGGAGCCCCCACAUGAGGAAGAUUUCCCCUCUGCAGAACAUACACAAGAUAAGGAUCCAGACGAAAAAAACAAAUCAGGAGAGAACAAGGUAGAUAAGUUUAUACACAUCAUCUUCAGCGACAUUGAUAUUUUUCCCAGGCAGUGCUACCUUCUCCUCUGCUCCUACAAGUACAUGUGCUUAAAUAUGCACUACGACACGGACUGCUAUUCUGUGCAUUACGAUCUGAAUUUAAAAAAUAUUCAAAAGGAAAAUAUCGGGAAGAAUACCGAGGUGUCCAACGCGUGCCCAUGCACAUCUGUGAAUGAUGUGUCCUCAGAUGCGGAAGAUUCUUACGAGCGAAUUAUCGGAUGUAGCGAACUGUACAUGUACUAUAUGAUGCCGAAACGGGAGGAACGCGAAAAACUGGGGUUGCUAGAACGGAACGGAUGGAGAGACUUAAUCCCAAACACCUUUAAUGAAGACAUAAGCGAAAAUAUUUCUAGCAUUGUGAAAACAAAAACCAGCAUAAGUAACCUGUAUGAACACAUAUCCAUACAAAACAAACAGAAUGAAAAAAAUUACACCACGGCAUAUAUAAAUAAAUACGAGUGGUGUGGACUCAAAAUAAAGGACAUUCGAAACAUGAUGAACGAAGACUUUAAUUAUGAGUCGCCGAAGAAGAAGUGA